CCCUUCAAGUGCUUGGAAUGUGGGAAGAGCUUCAGCCAGAGCACCAAACUCCUCAGCCACCAGCACAUCCACACCGGGGGACAGCCCUACACAUGUGGGGAACGUGGGAAGAGCUUCAGAAACAGCUCCAACCUGAUCCAGCACCAUCGCAUCCACACUGGGGAACGACCCUAUUUGUGUGGGGAAUGUGGAAAGAGCUUCAGCCAGAGCUCCCACCUCCUCACCCACCAGCACAUCCACACUGGGAACCGGCCCGGGAAAGGGCCCUUCAAGUGCUUGGAAUGUGGGAAGAGGUUCAGGCAAAGCUCCCACCUGAUUGAACACCAGCACAUCCACACUGGGGAACGGCCCUAUUCAUGUGGGGAAUGUGGGAAGAGCUUCAGCGUGAGCUCCAAGCUCCUGACCCACCAGCGCAUCCACACUGGAGAAUGGCCCUACAUGUGUGGGGAAUGUGGGAAGAGCUUCAGGGACAGCUCCAGCCUGAUUCAACACCAGCGCAUCCACACUGGGCAACGGCCCUACCCAUGUGGGGAAUGUGGAAAGAGCUUCAGGAACAGCUCCAGCCUGAUCCAACACAAGCACAUCCACACUGGGGAACGGCCCUACACGUGUGGGCAAUGUGGGAAGAGCUUCAGGAACAACUCUACUCUCCACAACCACCAGCAUAUCCACACCAGGGAACGGCCCUACACGUGUGGGCAAUGUGGGAAGAGCUUCAGGAACAACUCUACUCUCCACAACCACCAGCACAUCCACACCAGGGAACGGCCCUACAAGUGCUUGGAAUGUGGGAAGGGAUUUCGAACCCGUGGGAAUCUCCUCCUGCAUGAGCGGACGCACACAGAUGAUAGGCCCUUCUGCUGCACCGACUGCGGGAAGGGCUUCAACCGGAACUCCAACCUCAUCACCCACCGGCGCAUCCACACCGGGGAGAGGCUCUACAAAUGUGGGGAGUGUGGGAAGAGCUUCACCCGCAGCUCUUACAUGACCUCACACCAACGGACCCACCAGUAAGAGAAGCCCUACAAGUGCCAGUAUGUUGUGUGAGUGCAGGGCUUGAGGUGUGUGGGAUUGAGUGGACACAGAGAAAGAACUAACAUUCAGAAACAUAUCUGCUUCCCUGUCUCAAUUAAUAAACCCCAGAGUUUGACACAUUAAUAAUAUCCAUAGCAAUUAUGAUUUGACUCUAUAUUGUGACAUGCAUAUGCACAUGUGAGUAUAAGGACAUACGAAAUAGGUAUUGUAGUUUCUGCAGUUCUUGUGUUAUGGGUGAGGGUAGAGAGGAUUCGAGCUAAAAAUUACCUGAACAUUUUGAGAGUGCAGAGACAUCUGUCUGACCAUCACUAGGUGUGCUUUGAUUUAAGGCAGAGCAUGUUAAAGAAUGCAAUAACU